AUGUUCUCUCAAGUACCGCUACGUAUAUCCAAAGCCACAACAACUUUUCAAAAAUGUUUAAAAUGUUCCAUUAAUCAAGUGCGAUAUGCGUCAUCUAGUGGAAGUGGUCUGUAUCAAUAUGAUUUAGUUGUAAUUGGAUCCGGACCGGGUGGUUAUGUUGCCGCUAUAAAAGCAGCACAACUUGGUCUGAAGACAGCGUGUGUUGAAAAAAAUGCGACUUAUGGGGGCACAUGUUUAAAUGUUGGGUGUAUACCAUCGAAAGCAAUGUUACACAAUUCACAUUUAUAUCAUUUAGCUAAACAUGGCGAAUUACAGAAACGGGGUGUUGAACUUCAAGGAGUAAAUUUAAAUCUGCCGGUGUUUAUGAAGCAAAAAGAAGAUGCUGUCAAAGGUUUAACGAAUGGUGUAGCUUAUUUAUUUAAAAAUAAUAAGGUAACAGGCUAUCGAGGUUUUGGUUCAAUAAGUGGAGAAAAUCAAGUGACAGUGAAAAAAGACGAUGGAUCAACUGAAACAUUAAAUGCAAAAAAUAUUUUGAUAGCUGUUGGUUCCGAAGUGACACCAUUUCCUGGUAUAGAGAUUGACGAAGAAACAAUUGUUUCAUCAACAGGAGCAUUAUCAUUAAAACAAGUACCAAAGAAAAUGGUACUUAUUGGUGCCGGCGUUAUUGGACUUGAAUUGGGUUCAGUAUGGAGUCGUCUUGGUGCAGAAGUUAUUUGUGUUGAAUUUUUAAGUCAUAUUGGAGGUUUAGGCAUCGAUAUGGAAAUAUCAAAACAAUUUCAGAAAGUUCUAACCAAACAAGGUUUAAAAUUUAAAAUGGAUACAAAAGUGACUGGUGCCGAAAAAACUGAUUCAGGACUUAAAGUACAUGUUGAAGGAGCCAAAGGAGGCGAUACAAAAGAAACGCUCGAUUGUGAUACAGUAUUAGUUUGUAUUGGACGAAGACCAUAUACGAAGGAUCUUGGUCUAGACAGUGUUGGCAUCACAGUGGAUAAACGUGGAAGAAUUGAAGUGGAUAAAUUUUUUAAAACGGCGUCCAAAAAUAUUUAUGCAAUUGGAGAUUGUAUCAAAGGUCCAAUGUUAGCACACAAAGCUGAAGAUGAAGGUAUUAUAUGUGUUGAAAGUAUUAUAUCUGGACAUGAACCACAUAUCGAUUACAACUGUGUACCCUCAGUUAUAUACACAUUUCCCGAAGUUGCAUGGAUUGGAAAAUCUGAAGAACAAUUAAAAGAAGAAGGUAUUAAAUAUAAAGUUGGAAGAUUUCCAAUGGCGGCGAAUAGUCGAGCAAAAACAAUCAACGAACCAGAAGGAUUUGUUAAAGUUUUAGCAGAUGAAAAAACGGAUCGAUUACUUGGCGCACAUAUAAUCAAUUCGGUUGCCGGUGAAUUAAUUAACGAAGCUUCACUUGCACUUGAAUACGGUGCUUCUUGUGAAGAUAUCGCUCGAGUUUGUCAUGCCCAUCCGACAUGGUCUGAAUCAUUCAAAGAGGCAAAUUUACAAGCGUAUGCUGGAAAAGCAAUUAAUUUUUCAUAA